AUAAAACAUGCAAGUCAGGUAGCUUUCUACAUCGGCGAGCUGAUGGCUGAAGGCUUUAGCAUGGAGGAUUGGCAAACCGGAAAGGGAAUUAUUGAGGCGAACGACUACAUGCUUCGCAACGAGGUGGCGUGUGACUUGUCCUUCGUCAUUGGGGAGACGAAACAGAAGAUGCGCGCGCAUCGGUACAUUUGGAUAGCUCGCAGUCCGAUCGUACAACGCAUGCUCGUAGACAACGCUGACGUAAACAAUCUAGCAAUCAGCGUCCCUGACGUCACCGUGGAUGCGUUCCGAUACCUUCUUACAUUUCUUUAUACAGAUAACGUAGACAUCCACGGUGAAAAUGUUGGCUCACUUCUGCACGUCGCCAGACGCUUUCAGGUUGGCGCGCUCAGCAAACUAUGUUUCCGGUUUCUUGAUGACCACGUGUCCAUAGCAAACGCUUGCAAAAUAAUGGAACAAGCCCAUAUGUAUAACGAAACCGCCUUAUUUGAAAAAUGUAUUAAGUUCACGCAAGAAAACGGAUCUGACGUCAUCAGAACGCGCGGAUUUUCAGAGUUGUGCUCGGAAUGUCUGAGCACUAUUUUGCGUGCGGACAAUUUAAAAGCAGGUGAAGAUUUGAUAUUUGAAUGCGCGGUCGCCUGGGCAACGGACGAAUGCAGACGACAAAAACUGCCGCCAACGGACGCGAAUCGACGGUCAGUGUUGGGCGAUCUGCUGUACUUGAUACGGUUUCCAACAAUGGACAUCACGUAUUACACACAGAACGUUUCUUUUCGUGAUAUAUUAUCCGACAAAGAAGCGGUAUCAAUUUUUCAGUAUUUUCACGGCGAAGAACGCCAGUUGUCGCACAAAUUCAACAAAAACGAACGCUUCCGGUUGAAAGAUAUGAAUCCUUUAACGAAGAAACCGUCAAGAAAAAUGAAGGAAUUCAAAAUGACCAAAUCUGAGUUUAUUGAAACGCGCAAAAUGAUGAGAGCGUCGCCACUUAAUCUCCUGCAAGAAAUUACACCCGAACCGCAGGAGUCGAUUCCUCUCCUCCGCCCUGACAGCUCAAACAUGCAGCGCGUCUCGCGGUUCCGUACGUAUGACGGCCCGUGGAUGCAGAACGGCCCUCCGGAUGCGAUAUGCUUCUCGUGUUCGAGUCCUAUAGUCCUGUACGGGAUGGAAAUUUUCGGCGCGGCUGUUGGCGCGGAAACAUACAAGGUGAAACUGUAUCUUUAUAACGACCUGAGAGAAGAGGUCCGUAGCAAUGAAGUCACCAUAACGACGGACGCAAUACGGCGGACGUAUGACGUCAUGUUUGCGCGGCCAGUGCGUGUUCCCGCGCGGCGCGUAUUUACCGCUAUGGUGGUAAUAAAGGGCAGCCCAUGCAAUAAGGGCGUGGGCGGAAGCAAGCUGCACGCUGUAGACGGCAUAACGUUUGAAUUCGCCGACAGUAACCGAAGUUCAAACGGAACUGACGUCACUGUUGGGCAGAUUCCGGCACUUCUGUUCAACAAGACAGGAUGAAACGAAAAACUCAACUGUGCAGCUUCUUUUUUAGCUUAAAAUAUUACAUGUUAAACAAUCGCGGUCGAAUAGCUACUUGAGUAACAGUUUAUAGUUUUUGUAAUACUUAAUCUUGCAGUAGGUCUUAAUAUUUUCAUUUUUCAUAAUAAAUUUUGAAGUUUAUACAGUUUACAGUAGCGGUUUACAAUACAGUUUAUUAAGGAUCUCUUAUUAUGUGUUUUAAAAAUCCUAUUCAAUACUUCUUUUUAAAUGGUUACUAUUGUCGAGUUUCGCUCAUCGCAGUGCUGUUUAUAAUAUGCAAUACCGUAAGUAGAUUAAAUAAGGCCAUGCGGUUAAAGAGACAAAACGGAAGUCCUAAAAAUGGAAUUUGUUAUCUAUUUAAAAGAACUCUGCUGUUGGUUUGCCAUCACGUUGACAACUAAUUGAUUUCCUUUUGUAACAUUAUGGUUGCUUUUGUGAAUGUAAUUUUGCCAUAAUUUUCUCUGCCCUAGGGCAUAUUUAAUAGCUCACUGUCGCUUCUGAACGGAAGUGCAACAACUUUCACGUUAUUUGCAGGAAUAUUAAUG